CAUUUUGCUCAUUCUUUUCCUUCUUGUGACUGUCCGUGUCUGAUGUUCAUCCAUCUUAUUUGAUUUUCAACACCAACACACCUUCGUUCACAUUGUUAUUCGUCCCGUCGUUCUCCCGAAACCAAGCCAGUCUAGAGAAAGCAGCUAGUUCACCGACCAAACCGAUGCGGUUCCGUCAGCGAUGCAUACUUAUCAAACUCCGAUCUCGCUGCCCCCCGUCGAAACCCCUCUUUCCGUCGCUGCCCGACAGGAGGAUGCGGAUGCAGAGAUUCAUGUCAUAACUCAGACAAUUUAUCGUCCAAGCACCACAUUCGUCACAUACGUUACUCUAGGCGGUGGCCUGCCAACAUCAUACGCCGAUGGACAUUCGGACGAACCACCGCCGGUGGCUUCUCCGACAGUAGCCCCGCCACCCCCGGAUCGGUCGAGUGGUUCACUGUCAAGUGUCCAAAUUGGGGCCAUCUUAGGAGGCAUUGUUGCAUUCGUGGCCAUAGUUCUCAUCGCCUGGUUCUGCGUCUCGCAGAAAAGACCAGAACCACAUUACCCCCCUAGUUGGUAUGAGUAUGAUUCGUUCACCGAAAGCUCCGCCACGCCAACUAUAGUGAGGCCGCCGUCUACAAGACCUCACCCAAGAGAUCCGCGACUAAACAGGCCGCACCCCCCCAUGCCGCAGCCGCCACCGCCGGCCUUCAAUGUUAAUCAUUACAAACAAUGGGAAAUUAAAUUCAAUGGUCCGUUCCGUCGACAGCAGCCACCACCGCCUCAUCGAUAUCGAACAAGGUUCCCUCGAUCGUAGUCGUUUCCAUCGGUUGUGUCACGUUAUAUGGCAACUGCAUCACGGAUACAGCGUCGGUAUCACGUCGGCAUCACUUCAAUUUGUUGAGUCAAGCGGCGAGUUAGUCAUAAUAAGGAGCCGGACCAUUGGGCUGAUAAUAUGGAAGCGUAGUCCUGAAAGACAGGGCACGCUCUUAAUGAGACCACAAGAUUCCAACGAUGAACAAGAAGCAAGACCAAGAGAGAAUUUGAGAAUAAGAGCAUUUAUAAUCCUGAUACCUACCUAGCUAAAGCAUGAAGUUUGUAGUGGCAAACAGUCCAUUUCCACAACGGC